CAGACCAACAACGUUACGUGAACCACAAGAUUUAUGUGUCAACGUGCAAGAGCUGAUCUAAAGCGGAGCUGUCAGAGACUGAGGCAGCAGAGCUCGAGCCCGAUCCAGCUGCUGCAUUCAGGCGCGGUGGAUGUCUUCAGAUGCCCAGUCUUCGUCGGGGCUUGACUUAAGCAGGACAGCGGUCGUUUCUUUUUAGUAUUUUGCCGUUUUUUAUUAGUUACGUUCGCACUGAGAGAUUCGUAAGUGGUCGUACCAUAAUAACGAUAGUUAACGGGUUUCCGCCAUGAUUUAAAUGAGGCGACACACCUUUUUUAUGUCGGGGUGGUGUAAUAUAAGCUAUCAAAAGACGGCUAGCAGUUAGCUGGUGGAUAGAGUUUUUCACCGUUCGUUUGCAGAGGGAUGCAUGAACGCGAUGCAUUAAAUAACGUAAGGGACACAUUGCAUGUCGAGAUCCGGCGGAGCGCUGCUGAUUGUGAACAGCUCGUGUCAAGACCUCGCCAAAGAGCCACGCGCGGAGAGGGAUUUGAUUGAUCCGAGCCUGCUCGCUAAACAUGGCCUCUGCAGCUAACAACCUCGCUUCAUCCAUCGCCAGCAAAUACAAGAAGAAACAUUUCGUGUCUCAGAAGGUGAAGCUGUUUCGGGCCAGCGACCCGCUGCUCAGCGUCCUGAUGUGGGGAGUCAACCACUCGAUAAAUGAACUCAGUCACAUCCAGAUUCCUGUUAUGCUGAUGCCUGAUGACUUCAAAGCCAACUCAAAGAUCAAGGUGGACAACCACCUCUUCAACAAAGAGAACAUGCCAAGCCAUUUCAAGUUUAAGGAGUACUGUCCCCUAGUCUUCCGCAAUCUGAGGGAGCGGUUCUCCAUUGAUGAUCAGGAGUAUCAGAACUCUCUUACACACAGGGCCCCGAUUCCCAGUGACUCUCAGGGCCGUAGUGGAGCACGUUUCCACACUUCAUACAACAAGAGGUACGUCAUCAAGAUCAUCACCAGCGAGGACGUGGCCGAGAUGCACAACAUUCUCAAGAAGUACCACCAGUAUAUAGUUGAGUGCCACGGAAACACGCUGCUCCCUCAGUUUCUGGGCAUGUAUCGCCUCACAGUGGAUGGAGAUGAGACCUACAUGAUCGUUACUCGUAAUGUCUUCAGUCACCGGCUGCCUGUUUACAAAAAAUAUGACCUGAAGGGAUCAACAGUGGCAAGAGAGGCUACCGACAGAGAGAAGCCACGUCCACCUGAGGAGGCUCCAUCCAAAUCACGCAUGAGCCAAAAGCUACAAACCAUCCGGAUCGCCACACGCUUUUACUGCGCCAUAAGACACACCAAGGAGCUUCCAACUUACAAAGACAAUGACUUCAUCAAUGACGGCCAGAAAAUCAUCAUAGAUGAAGAGAACAAGAAAAUGUUUCUGGAGAAACUCAAGAAUGACGUAGAGUUCCUGGCCCAGCUGAAGCUGAUGGACUACAGUCUGCUGGUGGGGAUCCAUGACGUGGAGCGAGGGGAGCAGGAACAGCCGGAGGAGGAGAUUGAAGACAAUGACGCUGGGGAGGAGGAGGGGACGGAGAGCGAUGGAGGGGCCACUGGCUCCCCGCCAGACAGCCCCAGUAACACACUAGACAGCAAUAGACCUCUGGGACCGGGAGAGUUUGACCCCAUCAUUGAUGUAUAUGCCAUCAAGAGCCAUGAAAAUGCUCCUAAAAAAGAAAUCUACUUCAUGGCAGUGAUUGACAUUCUUACUCCGUAUGAUGCCAAGAAGAAAGCAGCCCAUGCAGCUAAGACGGUCAAACAUGGGGCAGGGGCAGAGAUCUCGACGGUCAACCCUGAGCAAUACUCGAAGCGGUUUUAUGAUUUCAUCACCACUAUUCUGUCCUAACCGCUGCCUGAGGCUGUAACAGUAACAGGUGGUCACAUAUGAUCUCAUAUCCUGGGAGAGGUUUUGCUUUGUGUAACCGAUCCAGCUCUCAUGUCUGAGAUCUGUCAAGAUCUUUUCUUUUUCUUCUCUGUUGGAUUUUUCGGUAGGUUUAUGACUCCAUGUGGUUGUUAUACAUGUGAUAUAGUCAUGCAUAUAUAGCGUUCUGUAUACUUUUGUGUUCGAUAUUGUUGACUGAGAAACCACGUGUUAUUGUUUGUGCCCAGCAAUGUGGUAUGGUUAUCAUACUGGAAUUCUCAAAGCUGCUUAUAUAUUUAUUUUCUUUAUGUGCUUUGCCGAAAUCAAUUCAUUGCUCUCAAAGGAGUAGUUCACUCAAAAAUGUCCUCACCUUCAGACUAUCCAAGAUGUAACUCAGUUUCUUCAUAUGAACCGAUUUGGAGAAUUGUAGCAUUAAAUCACUUGCUCACCACUGGAUCCUCUGCAGUGAAUGGGUGCCGUCAGAAUGAGAGUCUAAACAGCUGAUAAUUUUUUUAAUCAGCUGUUUGGACUCCCAUUCUGACGGCACCCAUUCACUGCAGAGCAUCAGCUGGUGAGCAAUUUCUCCAAAUCGGUUUGGAUAAAGAAACAAACUCAUCUACAUCUCGGAUGGUCUGAGACACAUUACACUUUUUAUCAAGUUUAAAUUAGUCAUUUUUAAGUGAACUAUUCCUUUAAAAAAAAAUAAGUCCAGUUUUAAAUGAUGAAAAUAUAUUUCAAUUUAUAAAAUUAUUAAAUUUAGCCCUGAACAAAUAUGACCAGAGUCAGAAAUAAAAAUAAAUUGGGCCGUAAUUGUUUGAAAGUGUUGAUUGCACUAUCGCUCUUUAGCUGCAGGCAGUACCUUUAAAUCGGAUCUGUUUACAAACUGUAUGUAACAGUGGAAAAGAAUGCAACUUCAAGAUCAAUAACUGCAUUUACAGUUGAAAUCCAAUCAGUAAAUUAGAUGUAGAUGUUCUGCCUGUUGUGCAUCGGAAAGUCUUGCAAAGGAGCUCAAUAUUUGCAAUUGGCUCCGAUUAUAACGUUUAGUAUAACACAACUGUUUUUGCACAUGAUCUAAUGCACCAAAACAUUUAUGCAACUGAUUCCAGUUUUACCACUGACUCGCCGAGGGUCACGCAAUAGUAGUGAUUCGUAGAAUGUGUUAAAGCACCUAAUGGGUUACAUGUGCGUUGCCACUUUUGUAUCCCUAAUGAAAGAACAAAACAUUGCCUGUUUCAUGUUGUUGUAUGAAAAUGAAGCAUAUUUUGUACCUAACCUACCUUUUUUUUUUUUUUUACAGUAAUAAUUAGCAGGUUUACAGUGGGCCGUUCUCUUGAGAAUGCAGUUGUGCUGGCGCUAUAUUGAUGCUUGAAUCUGCUUAUAGUGUUUCAGCUGCACUGUAAAGAGCGAGAGAAUGCUGCCUUUUACUAUUGUUAUCUCUCUCUCUCUCUCUCUCUCUCUCUCAGCACUGUUGAAUAUUUGUGUGACCCCAGAGACCUUUAGUAUUAUAAACUAACUAGAUAUUGUGAUAUGUCUUCUUCUGAAAUAUUGUUUGCAAAGUAAUCCUAAAUAUUCUACUGUAUGUGUUGACAUAUAUACACUGUGCGAGGGUGUGCCUUUUUUACUCUGAAUUAUUUAAUUUUGUAUUUGAAUCAUUUUUUUAAAAAGAGACGCUUGAAAAAUGUUAUUUUCUAAAAAGGGAAAGGAGAAUAGGACGAAUCCUAAAGUGGUUUUACUGUUCCUCUGUAGAUGUGUAAAUAUGCGAGUGUAUGUGUUUGCAAUAUUAUGACAAUGUUGCAGUCCUAAGAGUUCCCCGACCCUGAUCAGUUUUGCUUAAUUUACUAAUUUGAUUCCUACAUUGUCGUUAUAAUUGAAGUUAUUUUUUGUUACAGUUACUAAUUAGAUAAUAAGCAAUGUCAGUUCUUGUUUUUGACUUUGAAUUUGAUGUCUGUACUGCAAAAAAAGCCACUUCUUUAAACUUUUUGGGAAAAAAUGACUUCACUUUGUCUCAAAUUGUAAAGCGUUAUGAUCUCUUUUGUGUUGUAAUUUGUAAAAACAUGCAUCCAUGUUGAAGGUACAGUGUGAGUUUGAUACUUUCAUGUUUGAGGAAGAGAAAAAAGCUUUGAAGGAAUUGUGAGCUCUUUUAAAUAUGCGGUCAAAAGGAGAUAUUAUCACUUGUCAGUCUACUUGUCAUAACUGUUAUCUAUGUCAUGCAAGUGUGCAGCUCUUGUGUGUGUGUGUGUGCUGUAGACCCAAAAUAUUUAAGAGCACUCUGUCCCAUAAGCAUUGCUCAAUAAAACGAUGCAUUGCUCAGCUUGAUAAA